AUGGACCACUGUGGGCGCAACGUCAUAUCCACCGCGGCGUCGCGCGGCGUCGCGGAGCUGAAAACGCAAUGCAAUUCCAAGAUUGAGUAUGCAAGAGCUCGCGCGCAGCAGAUGCAACAGCCGUCUUACUCCACGCUGGCCGCCAGCGCAUCUAGCAUCCAAGAACGAGACAAGGAACAUCGCGUGCGUCGAGAAACAAACGAGGCGCUGCGUGCUUCGCGGGGAAGCGUAUUUGGACAGAAGGCUACCGUACCUAUCCGUAAUGAGCGGCUCGAGCUGGUUGAGGCGCUUGAACGCGGGCCGCAUGAGUUUACGCCGCCCAAUGACGACCCAGAGUUUGCGCUGUACGAGCCAAACUCGCGGAUGCGUGUGCGCAACCGUCAAGUAUCACACGCACAGCUGCAGCAGUACUUGGAAUGUCGUUACAUUGUUAAUAUUGGUACAUUGUAUAACCUCGCGGGAAGAACAGGAAAGUCGCUGAGCGAGUACCAAAGCGCAAACGACCGGACAAUGGACGGAGACGUGGAAGUACCUUUGUAUGGCGAUUGGGUUCUUUUUGCCGUGAUGGGAGAGAAGAGUGCGAUGAAAUACACAGCGGGCCGCGUGGACGACACACAAAACGAAGCAUCGCCCCGAGGUUCGGACGCGUUUGCACGCGAGAACCCGACCAAGCCGGCGCGCAAAUUCUUUAGCUGCAAGCUGCUGAAUCUGAGCACGGACGUGAUUGAGACGCAUCGGGCAAUGCCUGGGCACUGUAUGCUGACAAUGAUGCUGUUUGAGUCGAAGGAGACGCAUUCAAAUGCAGAUGGUACCACGCGGUUUAGCGGCGGCAGCGGCGGCGCAUUUGAGAAACUCUGGAAAGAGCGUGACGGAAUGUUGCUUGCGAUCCUGAAUCCACGCAUUAUGAAGCCGCGGCGUAACGAUGCAUCCAAGAACCUAACCAUCACACCAAGGUCUGCCGACUCUGUCCUGGUUCUCGGGCAUGCGGACGCUUACGCGCAAUGCCAAGCGAUCCGGAAAGAUGGAUCGCGUUGUACGGCGUUUGUUAUGAAGACCGCUGGAAAUAAUGGCGUGUGUGAUUUUCAUUUGGAACGCGCCGUCACGUCCAAUAUGCGAUCGCGCAUGGAAUUCGCGUCCAGCACCGCAUCAAUGCUUGGCAAGCCAACAAGCGACACCGCAAAGCAAAUGCACGGAAUACGCUCGCGCCACGUUCGUCCAAGUGGUGCACUGGGCAUCUCGGGGCUUGACGCAGAUGUUGCGCCUGCGCGCACGUAUGUGGUGAAUCCCUCUCGUGAGAUUUUGUCGGUAAACGACCCGCGCACAGCGAGCUACAAUGUAGAAGCGCGCUACGGACGUGGCCGUGCCGAGAAGGAGCAGCGAAAGCGUAAACAAGAGGCGGACGCGCACCUUGGCGACAAGGUCCAAGCAAGCAACAGCAAGCAACAGGCCAAACCUUGUGCUGCUGCACCACGGCGAGCGCGGAAGCCAGGCCUGACAGAGACGCGAAAUGCUGAAGAGAAAUUUCUCGCAGAGGUGGAUCAAAACAGUCUUGCAGCCAAAACGCUGCGCAUUGCUCAGGCGACACUACGUGGCGAGUUUAAGCCCGGUCAGAAAAAUUCCAGGCAGCGGUCAAGCAAUGACCCAGGCCGUGCGCUGCAAAACUCGGACGUAGCUGCACGCCUGCUUUCUCGGCAUCAGGCUACAGGCGACGCCCUACCGCAAGCGCGGCUGCGUGGGAAAAAGUUCCGGUCGAAUGUGCUGGACCGUGAUGGCCCCGCAUCACGACAUGUACAAGAGCUCGAAGAAGACGACGAUAAUGAUCUAAUUAUCAUAUAA